UGGAUCUUCAAAAAGCUACAUUUGAGUUUUACAAACUGCCAGAGGUGGCAUCCGAAUAUUCCCUUGCGGAUCUCAGUUACGUCACGCUAAUUUUUUGAAUCUGAUCUGUGAUCAUGUGCGACUUCGCUUCACUUGAGUCGAGUGAGGCACGCGCGGGACGGCGACAUGAUGUGUGCCCGCUGCCUGCCUUCCUCCCUCUAUAGUGGCUUUCCACUCUCCUGCCUCAGCGCAUAUCCCCCUCCUCUUCCCCCUCCCCUCCCACUUGCGUGAAGGAUGAACCCGGCGUCAUCUGACGUCACACCACGGAACAUGGAUGACCUUCUUGAUCAAACGCCUGCUGAUCUCGACCCACAUUUUUCCUCCCGCCCAGCAUCCUCGUCGUGGUCCCCUACCGCUGCCGCCGCUGCCUCUGCCACACCGACCCUGUCCGCUCUUUCGGCCGCAGAGAUGCACAACGACGCACCCGACGCGUACAUGCCCGUCCCGUCCACACCGGGUCAGCGGUUCCUGGGCCACGCGCUCUACGAGGACGACCCUGGCCGACCCGCACGCGACUCGUACUUUUCCGAGUCGUCGCAGCCCACGCUCGGCGGUGGUUCCGCCGCGGGCUACGCGAAGGACGACUCGCGCGCUGCCAGCACCAUCGAGACGGAGGGUGGCCUGCUCGGGCUGUCAGGGCCCGCGGUCUACCCUGGCGCACACGAUCCCGAUCACGCCACGCGGGAGGGUGGAGUAUCGGAAAAACGUGCCGGCGGCGGAAAACCGAGCCGGAGGAGGAGGGGUUACCUUAUUCUCGCGGGUGUCCUGCUGAUCCUCGCAGUCGCGCUGGGAGUCGGCCUUGGAGUGGGUUUGUCGCGGCACGCUGCCGGCGCUUCCACAUCCUUUUCUGCUUCUGGCGCAUCCGGAGAUGCCUCUUCCUCCACUGGCGCAGCGGCUUCUCCCUCUUCUUCCGUGCCGCCCGCGGCUGCUGUGCUCGUCACGGGUGGCGACGGAAGCACCAUCACCGCUGAUAAUGGGACCACCUUCACGUAUGUGAACUCGUUCGGCGGCUCGUGGUACUACGACGUAAACGACCCGUUCAAUAAUGGAGCGCGGCCGCAGUCUUGGAGCCCCGCCCUGAAUGAGACGUUUCGAUAUGGGAUCGACACCGUUCGAGGGGUCAAUUUGGGUGGUUGGCUUGUCACCGAACCGUUCAUCGUCCCUGCGCUGUACCAAACCAUCCAAUCUCGGAAGACGACAGCCGACGCGAACAUCAACAUUGUCGACGAAUGGACGCUGAUGCAAGCGCUUGAGCUCGACACGGCGAACGGCGGGACGCAGCAACUGAUCAACCACUACGAGACGUUCAUUACGGAACAGGAUUUCAUGCAGAUCGCAGCUGCGGGGCUCAACUUUGUGCGCAUCCCCCUGCCGUAUUGGGCUAUUGACAUGUGGGACGGGGAGGGCUUCCUGCCCAAGGUUUCGUGGACGUACUUUCUCAAGGCGGUCAAGUGGGCCCGGAAAUACGGGAUCAGGAUCAACCUGGACCUACACUCCCUGCCUGGCUCGCAGAACGGAUGGAAUCAUUCCGGCCGCCUGGGUAGCUACAAUGUCAUCUACGGCCCGAUGGGUUUGGCGAAUGCGCAGCGGGCGCUCGAUUACAUCCGUGUGCUGAGCGAGUUCAUCAGCCAGCCCGAGUACAGCAACGUCGUGACAAUGUUUGGGAUCAUGAACGAGCCGCAGGGUAACCAGAUUGGCUUGCAGCAGCUGUCCAGCUUCUACUACGAAGCCUACAAGGAGGUCCGCCUUGCGAGUGGAUUUGGUCAAGGGAACGGGCCGAUGGUCUCGCUCCACAACGGGUUUCUCUACCCACUGUCCAAGUUUUCCGGGAUGUUCGACGGGGCUGACCGCGUGUCACUCGACUACCACCCUUAUCUCUGCUUCGGCACUCCGAGUGCACAGCCGAUCACGUCGUAUGGAUCGCGCCCGUGCUCCGCGUGGGGCUACGAUAUCAACUCAACGAUGCAGGACUUUGGGCUGAUCGUUGCGGGGGAAUGGAGUGUCGCGGUGACAGACUGCGGGCUGUAUCUGAACGGGGUUGGACUGGGUACCCGGUACGAAGGGACAUUGGACGGGUACAGCAAGGUCUACGGCGACUGUGCUGCCGAUGGUUGGCUGGACUGGGAGAACUGGGACAAGCCGACCAAGGCCGCAUACCAGACGUUUGCUCUGGCAAGUAUGGAUGCGCUCCAGAACUGGUUCUACUGGACGUGGAAAGUCGGUGCUUCGACGGCAGGACGGGUGGAAACCCCGCAGUGGUCCUAUCUGCUCGGGCUGCAGCACGGAUGGAUCCCGAAAGACCCCAGACAGUCUCUGGGGCAAUGCGGGGGCUCCAAUCCGUUCAACGGGCCUCUGAGCGCAUGGCAGACCGGUGGGCCGGGUGCCGGCACGAUGUCAGCCAGUGUGCAGUCGGCUUUGUCACCGUGGCCGCCCCAGUCCAUUUCGUUCGCACAGUCGGAUGUGCAUGCGGCGACUGAUCUGCCACGCUACUCGCCCUCCGGAGCACCGGUGACGCUUCCCGGGCCGACCUUCACUGCUGUUGCCUCGCAGGUCAUGACGACGACCGUGUCUGCGGGCGGCGGCUGGGCGAACCCUACGGCCGACACAGCGGGGAUGAUGUCGAAUAUCCCCGGGUGCACGUAUCUGGAUCCCUGGAUUGGAUCCAGUGUGAGCCCGCCCGCGCCCCUGUGCACAGGCGCUGUGCGGCGAUUAGAAGAAGCCAUCGACGCGGUCGUGACGCCUGCUCCGUGAACUGACUACCUGACUGACUGACAUUCACACCUCGGACUAUUCACCGCUAUCAUACGCAUACUGUACUCAUCAUCUAUAUCCAUCCAUCCAUCCAUCCAUCCUACUUGUAAUAACACAUUUCUCGCACCGCCUCGCGAAGUCCCGAAGCGACUAGGAGACACGGUCACGGGAGAGGCUGUGUGGGUGGCUUCCAUGUCGCACGCGAGUGAGGGAUUUCAGAACCUCGUGGCACGCCAUCUCCCCUGCUACACCGGCGCCAGUUUCCGGGAAUCACAAUCGAAGGUGGCUCUACUCCGGCUGUGCUGCUGUUCGUGGAGAGUAAUGGCUGACAUUGGUCCCAUUAUCCAAGCGUAUCAAGUAAACCAAGUAAGCCAUUCGCGAGCCGGGCACCCAGCUCGCAAGGAAAAAUGCUGCGGGCCAUGCCUCAUGGUGUGUGGAUGGGUCGGAUGACGGGCAGCAGAAGGAAAACAAGCAUGCGCGACGGCCGAUCGCUCGCCUAGACGAUGAUGAGGGACCCCUCACUGCCCGACUAUUUUGGCUAUGAACAGGGACCGGCGGGACGGGCUCGACGAAGCACCGGCGCGGGGGGGAUCCAUGCUUCACAGCAAAACAGGCGCACAGAGACGGAGAACUCGUCUAGAGCUCGCUCACGGGCUAGCCGGUGGACGGACAAAUACAUCCAGUGCAGCCCGCGCUGCUUUUAUAGUCGGUCUCUCUCGCACUAUCGGCCGAGUGGUGAUGAUAAUGUCUUUUUCGCGCGCGCGCGGUUGCGGUGACUAAGUCUCUCGGAAAAACCCAAUACCGUGUUUCGACGACACUCCAAACUGACUCUGACAGCGCAGAUAGCGGCCGGAGCAUUUUGGCCGUUUUGUUGGAAGAGAACCGUGCUGGCGCUCAGUGGCGUUGCAGAUCAUCUAGAUGACUAUACAUGUGUUCUCCUCGCCCCAACUUGGCGCGCUCAGUAGCAGAGUAAAAGGGCCCGGGAUGCAUCACCGGCAGUGCACUGGGGAUAACGAAACCGGUCCUUCGAACGAUACUCGGAUUUAUGUAAGCGCGAUCCUCAUGCGGAUGUACUCGACCGAGCUCUUGUGGAAUGUGGCGCCAAAGGCUUCGAGCCCCCGGCGUUCAUACCACGCACGAGAGCUCACGCGGGCGUCGCACCACAGCACGUCUCCGUCCAACUCGGAUCGCGCCACCGCGAUAACAUGCUGGAGCAGCGCAGUCCCGAUCCCGCGUCCCUGAAAUCCGAUAGCCACACACACGUCAGCCCCGUGCUGCCGCACACAACACACACAAGGCAAGGAAGAUCAAGGGCGAACCUGGGACGCGGAAUCGCAAGCGAAUUUGCGGAAUCGUAUGGCGCGCACCGCCGGCGCCGUCGUGCUGUCCUCAUCGAUCUCCCAGGCCUCGCGAAACAGCGAAAUCACCGCGACUGGGGGCCCAGCGGCAGCCGAGGUGGAUGCAGCGUCCGCGGCGAUUUCAAGGGCGCCGUAGUGCCACCCCGCGGCAUCCUCUGCCAGCAGAACGUGGGACACAGGUUUAUCGGGCCAGAGAACUGAAUGCCGGAGGGGAAUCGUGUCCUCUGCCGCGAUUCGCCGGCAGUGAACUUGAGAUCGAUAUCGGUGGUCAGAUCAGGAAGGAUGAAUGGGGCUUCGUGCCUUUUAUCAUGUUUUUUAACUUUGAUUUCGCGCGAAAUCGGUGCUUGCGCAGACUGGCCUGUUGUUGGUG